AUGACUCCCCACCUCGCAGAGGAGGAGACUGAGGCUCAGAAAGGGACAGUGCUGUCACACAACGAGUGUGUUCUCAAGCGGGUCCUGAGGCUGGAGCCUCCUGGGACUAACCUCGCACUGAUUGAUUUUCCAGGCCCAGACAUGUAUUGCCUUUUCCAUGGGAAGAGAUAUUCCCCUGGUGAGAGCUGGCACCCCUACCUGGAGCCACAUGGCCUGAUGUACUGCCUGCGUUGUACCUGCUCUGAGAGUGCCCAUGUGAGUUGUUACCGGCUCCACUGCCCGCCUGUCCACUGCCCCCAGCCUGUGACGGAGCCACAGCAGUGCUGUCCCAGGUGUGUGGAACCUCACACUCCCUCGGGACUCCGGGCGCCCCCCAAAUCAUGCCAGCACAACGGGACCAUGUACCAACAUGGCGAGCUCUUCAGUGCCCGGGAGCUGUUCCCCUCCCGCCUGCCCAACCAGUGUGUCCUCUGCAGCUGCACCGAAGGCCAGAUCUACUGUGGCCUCAUGACCUGCCCUGAACCAGGCUGCCCUGCACCCCUCCCGCUGCCUGACUCCUGCUGCCGGUCCUGCAAAGAUGAGUCCAGUGAGAAACCAGCCGAAGCAGAUGGCAUGCAGUCGCAUCGUGGGGUGAGACAUUCCCAGGAUCCGUGCCCAGGUGAUGGUGGGAGGAAGAGAGGCCUGAGCACCCCCGCCCCCACUGGCCUCAGCUCACCUCUGGGCUUCCUCCCUCGCCACUUCCGACCGAAAGGGACAGGCAGCACCACCGUGAAGAUUGUCUUGAAGGAAAAACAUAAGAGAGCCUGCGUGCACAGUGGGAAGACCUACUCCCACGGAGAGGUGUGGCACCCGGCCUUCCGUGCCUUCGGGCCCCUACCCUGCAUCCUGUGUACCUGUCAGGACGGCCGCCAGGACUGCCAGCGAGUGACCUGCCCAACCGAGUACCCCUGCCAUCACCCAGAGAAAGUGGCCGGGAAGUGCUGCAAGAUUUGCCCAGAGGACAAAGCGGAUCCUGGCCACAGCGAGAUCAAUGCCACCAGGUGUCCGAAGGUGCCCAGCCGGCUUGUCGUCCACACGUCAGCGUCCCCAAGCCCAGAAAACUUGCGCCGCUUCGCCCUGGAGCGUGAGGCCUCCGACCAGGUGGAGAUCUACCUCUGGAAGCUCGUGAAAGGAAUCUUCCACUUGAUUCAGGUCAAGAAGGUCAGGAAGCAAGACUUCCAGAAAGAGGCCCAGCACUUCCGACUGCUCACCAGCACCCACGAAGGUCACUGGAACGUCUUCCUAGCCCAGACCCCAGAACUGAAGGUCACCGCCAGUCCAGACAAAGCGACCGAGACCUUAUAACAAAGACCUAAACAGUUGCCUGCAUGAGCUUAUUGUUUUGUUGUUAUCUGUUAAUAAAUAUGUUACAUUACCCCUCAA